CUAAUUUCAACCUUCUUUGCUUACACGCCAUAUGAAGCGAGGUCUGUACCCAUUAAAAAGAGCUGACAAAGCAUCUCUCCCUCUCUCUCUCUCUUAAAGAUCAUCUUUCUGGAAGAAAGUAUGUUCAAGAUCGGAUCAAGUUGUUGGUAUAAGAACAGAAGCAAUCCCCUUUCAAGAUCCUUGCCCACUGAAAAGUUUUACAGGCGGUUCUCUACCCACAUAGGAAGUAAACUAGAGGGUAAGGUAGCACUGAUCACUGGAGCAGCAAGCGGCAUUGGAAAGGAAACAGCAACCAAGUUCAUCAGCAAUGGUGCCAAAGUUGUGAUUGCCGAUGUCCAACAAAAACUUGGUGAAGACACGGCAAAAGAACUAGGGCCAAAUGCCACCUUCAUUGCCUGCGACGUUUCUAAAGAAUCAGACGUCUCUAAUGCCGUCGACUAUACAGUCUCUAAACACGGUCAACUUGAUGUCAUGUACAACAAUGCAGGAAUUGCAUGCCACACUCCCCCAAGCAUAGUUGCCCUGGAUCUCGCGGUGUUCGACCGUGUCAUGGCGAUCAAUGUCGGGGGUGUUGUUGCUGGGAUCAAGCAUGCGUCGCGCGUAAUGAUCCCACGUCGAACUGGCUCCAUUCUGUGCACUGCCAGUGUCACUGGACUGAUAGGUGGCCUGGCACAACACACAUAUUCCAUAUCAAAGGCUGCUGUGAUUGGAAUCAUGAAAUCUGCUGCAUCAGAGCUGUGCAAGUAUGGCAUUCGGGUCAACUGUAUUUCCCCUUUCGCCAUUCCAACUGCAUUUGUGAUGGAAGAACUGGUUGAGUACUUUCCAGGGAUUGAUACUCAGAGGCUUGUGGAUAUGGUACGUAGUACAGGUGUUUUGGAGGGAGCACAUUGUGAACCCAGUGACGUAGCCAAUGCUGCACUUUAUCUUGCAUCCGAUGAGGCCAAGUACGUUAAUGGGCAUAAUCUGGUGGUGGAUGGUGGCUUUACGUCGAUGAAGACUUUAGGGUUACCUGUAGAUCUGGUGAAAUGAAAGAUAUGAAAUAUAGCUGGUAGAGAUGUUUGAAUUUGAGAUGAUAAAUCAAAAGUGAUUUCAUAUUAAAUUUUGACGCCACACAACAAAUUUCAUGUUCAACCUACACAAAGAUACUUGAGAUCAGUCCGAGUAUUUGUUGAGUCAUCGUAGAAAGUUGCUUAGAGACCACUGUACAGUUGAAAGAAUAUAAAUCGUAUUUGAAAGUCAAAUGUAACAGGAGCCACAAUUGCAGUUUCAGAAUUAGCAAAUUCACCCAACCAAGCUUAUUAAUUUUAGCAAGUUAGUGCAAUGCCACCAUUUGUGAGAGUUCUAAUAAGACAAUUCUUGUUGUAUCAUAAUGUACAGAGUUUUAGAUCAAAAUCAUGGGCUGCUAAAUUCAAGAAGAGAUGCACGGGACCUAAAAUCGAGACACAUGACUGAUCAUGUAGGGAAGGCCUGCAAUUUAGAACUGAUACUUGUUUAUGAAACAUCAAGGACCAUGCACUUCUGAAAACCAUCAUUUUUGAUUGCAAGAUAACAGGAGAAGCUUCAAGAAAUUCAUCUCUCAAAUCAAGUGAAUCUACAUUGUCCCAAUAAUGGAAGAAAAAAUCUUCAUUUCACCUUAUUCUGAUGAUGAAAAAUAAUCUGCCAUCCUGAGUGUGCGUAGCUUCUUUGAAUUUCAUGCUUUAAUAAUCAAGCUGGUAUUGGUGUUAAGGUCACGUAUCAAAACAUGGCACAACUACAACAAACUUCAGAGUUAAGCUGUCAAACGUCUCCAUGGCCUGGUCAUUUCGUGAGUUACAGAAAACCCAUGACGGUAAUCAGAACUGUUCCAAUACAACCUUGCGCAUGUAGUCCUCUGGCACU